GAGUAGAGUUCGAUUAAGGCUUUGUAGUGUUUUUGAUGUGUUGCAUUGGAAUAAAACGAAGUUUGUGCUUGCAAGCAUGUAAUUCAUACCUUGGAAAUGGGAUUGGGGGGGAGUUUAACAAUUCUGGUCUCAUGGCACGCCUCAAAUUCCAUGCUUUCAAAUACAGUACAAGUGUAGGGGUUGGACUUAAUUCAGAUACUAGGAAAUAACUCAGUGCAUAUGUUACAGCAUGGUUUGGGAAUUUGUGAGAAGGUGGUGCAGGUGAAUUAUGGGGGGUAGUGGCAUGGAUAAAACAACUAAGGAUUUGAAGGAGGCAAAGGAGGCAAAGACUCCUACGUCACAGGAGCAGGCUUCAUCAACUAGUGCUGGUGUGGUUAAUCCAGACUGGUCUGGGUUCCAGGCUUACUCUCCAAUGCCUCCUCAUGGGUUCUUGGCAUCAAGCCCUCAAGCUCACCCAUAUAUGUGGGGAGUUCAGAGAAUUGAGAUGAGUGAUUUUUCUGACGUGGUGCUGGACGACAUGGCUCAUUUCAGGAAGUCUGUUGACACAAAAGUCCAUGCUUCAUUGGAUUCACAACUGAAGUCAGGUUGUAGGCAAGAUUCGCUGGAAGCUGAAGCAUCUCAGAAUGGCAAUGCUGCACAUGGUUCACAGAAUGGUGGACCAAGUACACCUCAGUCAAUGAUGAAUCAAGCGGUGGGCAUCAUGCCAAUGCCAGCAGCUGGUACUCCAGCAGGUGUUCCUGGCCCUACUACUAACUUAAAUAUUGGUAUGGACUACUGGGGUGCUGCAACUUCAUCCUCUAUUCCUGCAAUGCAUGGGAAGGUACCUUCUGCUCCAGUAGCAGGAGGGCUAGUCACUGCUGGAUCUCGGGACAGUGCGCAGUCACAGCUUUGGAUACAGGAUGAAAGAGAACUUAAAAGACAGAGAAGAAAGCAGUCUAACAGGGAAUCUGCUCGCCGAUCCAGGUUGCGCAAGCAGGCAGAGUGUGAUGAGUUGGCUAAGGGUGCUGAGGUUUUAAAGGAAGAAAAUGCUACUCUUAGAGCAGAAGUGGCUCGCAUCAAGAGCGAGUAUGAGCAGCUUCUUGCUCAGAAUGCAUCUCUUAAGGAGAGACUCGGCGAAGUUCCUGGGCAAGAAGAUCCAAGGCCUGGUAGGAAUGACCAAAAUAUGGGCACAAGAGCAGAGUCCCUGCAAAGUGGUCAAUGA